AUGGAGCAAAACGAAACAUUGCAGCCAAAUGAUUGGGCAGAAGCAACUAUGACGGGAAUCCAAAUGUAUUACACACCAGUGCUAGUGUCAUUGGGAACACUUGGUAAUUGUUUAUCCAUCUACGUUUUCUUCCGUACAAAAAUGCGCCGUGUGUCUUCAAGCUGGUAUCUAUCAGCCUUGGUAAUAAGCGACACGGGUUUCCUCAUAUCUCUUUUAGUAGCCUGGUUAAAUAUGGUCGGGAUUGGUUUAUUUAAUCGUCCAGGUUACUGUCAAUUUUUCAUCUACCUCCCGACAUUAUGUAGCUUCUUGAGUGUCUGGUUCGUAGUUUCAUUCACCAUCGAGCGAUUUGUAGCCGUGCGUUAUCCGUUACGUCGACAGUCAAUGUGUACAGUUGCUCGAGCUAAAACUAUAUUAAUGAUAUUGACAUUGGUUGGAUUAGUUUUAUGCAGUCCGGUGCUCUGGUUUUCAAGACCACGGUACACUAAUAAAAAAUUAAAUACCACUGUAUGUUUACUAGCUGAAGAAUGGGCCGACUGGGCACGUGUAUUUAACGUCGCUGAUACUAUUCUAACAUUUGUGCUCCCGUUUACUGUUAUUGUUGUGCUUAAUGGAUUAAUUGUUAAAUCUGUUUGGCGAUUAGCAGGAGUGCGUAGGACCCUAACUACAUCCACAACUAAGAAAAUAACUUCCUCGUUGAAUAAAAAUAAAUCAUCCCAGCAAAAAUGUAAACAUUCACCUGGUGUUUCGCAAAGCAAAGUUACAAAUAUGUUAUUAGUUGUUUCAAGCUUUUUUUUAUGUUUCAAUUUGCCAGCUUACGUCAUGAGAGUCAGAGCAUUUCUUGAGGAAGACGAUGAUCCACCUCGGGCUAUUGUAAUAACACAGCACAUAAGUAAUUUGUUGUUUGACACAAACUUUGGGAUUAACUUUGUAUUAUACUGCGCUAGUGGACAGAAUUUUCGUAAAGCUGUUGUUGCGAUUAUUUUGCGUCGUAAAAAACGAUGGAAUUCCGGGACAAGGAUUUCAAAUCACGAGUUACGGAAAUCUUACAAUGAAUCAUCGAGCCGUCAACGGACAAUUGUUUAUGAAGUACCUUGGUCCGAAGAAUACGAGUUGCAAAGUUUUUCAAGACGUCCGUCGCGUAAAACUAAAUUUUUAACGCAGAAUCCAAUUCAAGAACAAUAA